AUCCUGCGUAUUAGCAGUUUGCCGCAAUCAGAACCUAACAAACCUAAACACACGUCUCACCCGUGGAAACCGUAUCUCCGGGAUACCUGUGAAAACUUUUUUGCGUCGUCGCCUAGGUAAAAAUCACUGUGCCGAUGAGCAUCAGCUGGCAGACGUCGACGAGCUCGACAGACAGCGCAGCCUCGUUGGAGCUAUUGGGAAUCUUCGACAACGAAGAGAUAAUAGUCGUGCCGUCGCGCGAUGACAGUUCCGUCGAUGAUGGCAAUAAUCCGGAGUCCGACGACUCCUACCUCUUCCUCGAAAAUGGAGAUUUCAUCGAUUACGAGCCAUCCCUGCAGAAACGGAGAGGUCGAAGUGGCGGUAAUACGCCUUGUCAAGAGAGAGGUGAGGGAGUUAUUGCCAUGACUACAACAGGAGCCCAGUACGCUCUCGCAGCAUCCACCGGAGCUGGCAAUGGUGGGGGCAACUCCGCAGUGGGAGUUGAGAAGCCUAGUGUCGUCGUUGUUACCACUUCUAAUUCCAAUGGCAGUGGCAGUGCUGCCCAGUCACAGUCUGGUAGAGGUCAGCAGUUAAUCACAGUGGUCACCAGUGGCGAUCCUUCUAGUCCUAACAGUUUGCAACCCAUUCAGCUAUUGGUACAAGAUCCAUUGGAUAAUACAGCAGACUCUUCAAACGGAUCAUCAGGCACACAAGCACAUGUAACAGCACAAGUUGUUGUUAAUACAACGCAUUCUGGUCAGCACACUCUUGUAGACUCUGACACGGCAUCAACAUCAGCAGGGACAAUUGUCAGUGGCUCACCUCACUAUAUCACUGUAACAGGCACCAGUGAUUCACCAUCAUACGCUUCCCUCACAACAGCUGUAGUACCUGGAGACGCUGACGCCGUGGGGUCCGAAUCAGUAACUCAUCCCACCUACGUGCAAUAUGUCGAGGGCGAUGGAUCCACGUAUAUACCGACAAAUGGACAGAUUGAUUCUUUUUUCAGGACAUAUCCGGUGUAUGCUGUUGGAGAGGCGGGAACAAUGUACACUCCCGCCUCCAACCAGUAUUAUACUUCCACUUCCACACCGGUGACUUAUGCUCAAGUCACCGGCUCAAGCACAACUACAGGUCAGCUACUGUCGCAAGGCAAUGGAACCUACUUGAUACAGCAGAGCGUCGUAGACACAGACCCUGCAACACACGCUCUUAUAUCAGCCGCUGCGGCAGCUCGCGCGAGCCCGCAGACGGAAAGCGCAGAGGCUGUUGUUAGCGGGGGUGGCGGGGCAUACUUGAUCAGCGGUAAUUCGACGACAGCAACUGCUCCAGUCAGCGUGGAAGACGCUGCUACUGCAGCAGCUAACAUGACGCAUGCGACUAGGGUCUCCCAGGCCACCGUAAGCCAUAACGACUCCCCGUUUGUACAAUGGCUGUUGGAAAACUACGAAACUGCCGAUGGAGUAUCUCUACCCAGAUCGACGUUGUAUAACCAUUACCUUCGGCAUUGUUCGGAUAAUAAAUUAGAUCCCGUUAACGCAGCUAGUUUCGGAAAGCUGAUUAGGUCCGUGUUUUUGGGCUUGCGUACGCGACGUCUCGGAACUCGGGGGAAUUCAAAAUAUCAUUACUAUGGUAUCCGAGUGAAACCAAGCUCGCCUCUGGUGUUACUGAAUGAGGAUGGCACGUCGCGACAACAGGCAACUUCAAACAUCCAAGCAAACAACAAUAAGCGUGUCAAAUUUGUCAAUCAGAAGCAAACAGAGACAACGUAUGAAACGACAAACACACAGACUAACAACAAUAAUAACAGUAACAUCUCUUCAAAUGCAUCGCCACCCCAAUACCAUCAGUACCUUGGUGAGGCGAGUUGCGCCAUACCCGAGUUUCCAGAGAUAGUCGUUGGUCACGGUUCAUCGUUGCCUGAAGAUUGCACUUUGGAAGACGUUGAUACGUUCCGUAGUAUCUACCGAGAGCACUGUGAGGCUUUUCUUGACGCUGUUCUCAACUUUGAGUUCGCCACUAUUGAAAGUCUUUGGCGCGAAUUCUGGCGUAGUCAGGAUAAUAACAACGGCGAUGAAUGCGAGGAGGAGAAGUAUCUAUCCAAAACCAAGCUUUACCAAAUGUGCAAAUGCAUCGAAGUUCAAGGCUUCAUUAAGAAAGUUGAUUAUACUUUUUAUCAGAACUUGGUGGAAGUACUGAUGCCCGACGUUCUAAGGCCUAUACCUAGUCCUUUAACCCAAUCUAUACGAAAUUUUGCCAAAGGCUUGGAAUCAUGGUUAACUUCGGCGAUGAAUGAUUGCCCCGAAGAAAUGAUGCAGAUUAAGUUGUCGGCUGUAUCAGCGUUCGCUCAAACACUAAGAAGAUAUACCUCUUUGAAUCACUUGGCUCAAGCUGCCAGGGCUGUGCUUCAGAACAAUAGUCAAAUCAAUCAAAUGUUGGCAGAUUUAAAUCGAGUCGAUUUUCAUAACGUUCAGGAGCAGGCUUCCUGGGUUUGUCAAUGCGAUUACUCAGUGGUUCAACGGUUAGAAGCAGACUUCAAAGUAACUUUGCAGCAACAAAAUUCGUUAGAACAGUGGGCUGUUUGGUUGAAAAGCGUUGUGACACAAGUACUACAGCCUUAUGAGGGCAAACCUACUUUUGCCAAAGCAGCACGACAGUUCCUGCUCAAGUGGUCUUUUUAUAGUUCGAUGGUUAUAAGAGAUUUAACCCUAAGAAGUGCCGCUAGUUUUGGGUCCUUUCAUCUUAUUCGUUUGCUUUACGAUGAGUACAUGUUUUAUUUAAUUGAGCAUCAAGUGGCGGUUUCCACGGGUACAACGCCGAUUGCCGUAAUGGGAGAUAAAAGUCAAAACUAUUCAAUGGUGAACGUUUUUGGAGCUAAUGGAGAUACAUCAAAUAUUUGUCCAGCAAAACGUGUCAAGUUGAGCUAACCGUGUACCUGGACCCAGUAGAGCAUGAUUAAAAAACUAGUAUGUGAAUAAGAGCAUUUGUUGAACGAAGUGUAUUUCUAGCACGAGAAAAAGCAGGCCUACUAAUACAAGCUAGUCUCACAAAAUGUAAUUUUAUAUGAGAACGUGCGACGACACAAUGACACCGAAUUUCUACAUAUUGCUCAUGCACUUACUAUCUAUGAAUGCUGCUUAAUCAAUUUAUGUGAUAUAAGGAGUAAGAGUACACAUACUGCAAAGCCUUACAUGCGUUCUAAACGCACACGACAACUUUUUUGGUAUAACAUAAAGUUACUACACCGUUAUUACAUAAAAUAAUUUUGAUGACUGGGACCAGGGAUCUGUUCUUCUCUGAACUGUCUUUUUCUAAGUGGGUACAGUCUAUUUGCAUUUUAAUCUGGAAUCAUUUCUUUGUUUUGUUCUAGUGACAUUUAUUAUCUAAGUACUUUUAUUUUUAAAAAUUUUUUGUUUGAUUAAAAAACUAUGAUCUAUAGUUAGAAUCCGUUUUUAUACUUAAAUUAUUACAAGAUCAAACAAAUAAUAAAUAUCCGUGACACUUCAUAUAAAUAUAUAUUUACAGAUAAAAUCAUGAAAUCCGCCCUGUCAAUGACUUGUCUAAAUAUUCCUAUUCGAUAAAAAAAUAAAACAAAGUAUGAUUAGGAUAGCGUAAACAUCUCGAAGAUAAAAAUUAGAUAGAAUUCGAGUAUCGAUAUUUUUUAUCACAAACUGCACAGACUUACGAUUUCAGAAAAAAUCUUAUAAGGAAAAUUUGUUAAGUACAAACUCCGUUUUUGCGUUUCUGUAAAUAUUUAAAGCAUGCAAUUGUUAAAAUUGUUCUGUCUCUAUACGAGACUAACAUAUAUAAUGAAUCUAGAUUAUGAAGUAAUUUGAUCUGCACACCUAAAAAAAUUCUCUACUGUAAAAUAAAUAUAAUAUAUGUUUGAUGUAUUCAUUUUUAGUACAACUUGUCGAUUUUAAAGUAUAAAAAAAGAAUUCAUUUCAUUUCAAGAUAAGCACAAUUUUACUUUUGAAUAACAAAAAUAUACAUGUACCCAUGUAUGCACCAAAAUAUUAAUAAGUAUAAGGAUAAGUAGAAGUAUGAAAAAAUUUAUUUUAAGUAUAAAGUACUGAUAGAAUUUACAAAGUCUAUGUACUAUGAUACAUAUAAUUUAAUUUGUUCAAUGGUACUAAUUACAAAAAAUAGAAUAGAGCUUGAUUCCAAAACAUCGAAUGACUUAAGAAAAUAUGCCAUUUAUUUUUACAGUUAUUUUUAGCAGCUUUUCACGAUUCUCGUUUCAUAAAGACUUGCUUAGUGCGUACUUAAAAAGAAAUAAUGUUAGAGGUAAAGAAUAAGGUGUUGCGAUUUUCAUGCAAAAAUAUUUUAAUAAAUUUAGGAAACAAUUAUUUAUUAAAUAAAAUGGCAUUGCAUACUAGUCAAAACUCCGUAGUCUAAGCUAAAGAAAACAGGGAUUGAAUGUUUCAACGAUGUACUAAUCGUGAAUUGUAAUUAAUAAAUAUUGCAUUGUAAUUAAUUAAACAUACCUAUAGGAUAGGUAAAUUGUCAACUCUGUCAAUAGAGAACAAUUUCUAUACUAUAAUGAGCUUAUACAUGUAAAAAUAUACCUAAGUGUACCUAAUAUAAGAAUCUCUUAUUUUAAAAACGGUUUGUACAUGUUAUUACUGGUAAAAAAUCUCUAAAAACUAAAAUUGAAUUAGAGUUCUAUAUGUGGAUUGAAAAGAAGUUUCAAAGUACUACAAAAUGGUAUAGAUACUACUUGAAAAAAAAACUUCUUUCCAAAUAUAUGAAUGACUCUGAAUUGUGCUCUUAGAUAGAUCAACAGUUUUGUAUGUUUCGUAAAUAUGGACAAGAAACUGAAACAAUGACAUUAAAAUAAAAUACACAGAACUUCAAAUCAAAAGUCAUAUAUCAAUGAUUUAUUCUAUUGCGGAUUAUAUGUGAACAAAACGGCCUUAAAUCUUUUCCAAUUUAUAACAUAUAAAUAUACAUGUUCUUGUAAGUUACAAAGUAAGUAAUGAACACUCUGGCCUAAUAGGCAAAAAAGAAAUAAAUUUAAUAAAAAUAUCUCUGAAAGUAUAUAAAUUGUACAAUAAAUAUUACUAUACUAGUUUUUCACAAGAAAUAUCAUGCUAUAGCAAAUCUAAUUAAUAAACUUUAGUACUUUCAUUCCAAUUGCACAAUGUGUGCUUAAGCUUUUAUGUUAUAAAUGAAGAUCAUAAAAAUAUUUUCAGAGAUACUUUUUUAAACUAUGAUGAAAUAAAAACGAUAAAUCAAUUAUACUUAUUAUUAAAAACAUCUUUUAAGUGAAAAUAAUAUUAAAAAAGAGAAACGAUUUCUUUUACGAAAGAUAGGAAAUAUUUUGAUACUUCUCGAUUUGAACACUUAUUGUAUUAACUUCGAUAAUUAAUGUUAUUUUCACUGAAUGUAGAUUAAAAAAAAAAUUAAAAAAUGAAGACAAUUGUAAACUGAUGAAAACGGAGUUCCAAAGUGACGAAAUGCAUGAAUGUGUAAACCACAAAAGAUUAAAUAAUAUAUGUUUAAAACUAA